GCAUCACACCCAAAUAUGGAAAGCGAAGUCGAGAGCGAAACAAUCUGGAAAGUGUAAACAAACACAAGCGGAGUUUCUAGGCGACGACAUUUCUUCUAAAAGUGAAGUCACCAGAGAAAUAAAUGGUGCAUGCGACUAUUAAACAACAAUUUAUUUUCUUGACACCAUAAAAUAUACUGAUAACCUGUUUAAUCAUAGAAGAGACUUUUUGAAGUGAUAACAAUAAUAAAUGUAGAUCCGAAGCUACAGCUGGGUCUAAAUGUAUGGUAUCUGUUGAUUUAGUACUUACCCAUCAUGCAAUAUAAAGUUUAUGACAUCAUCUAACUCCUUAUUAAAUAUCAGAAUGUUAAAGAAUCUUUAGAGCUGGUGGAAUAACAAUGCAAUAUAUCUAUCUAAAUUAAAAAGGGUCAGCUUUUAAACAGGCACACUUAGCAUCAGCUGAUUCAUAAAAGCUGUUGACCUAUUUUAGACAUUUCAAUGACGUUCAUGUAAACCCCGAGGAAAGGGUUAACCAGCAAUGUGAUUAUCCCAUCUUGUGAUCCCAUUUCCAGCCAUGAAAGAAGGUAUUUUGUUGGUCCAGAAAGAGUCAUAUAUGCAGAGCGCUUCAGUUCAGACACCACCGGAGCUGCAGACGCCGUGUGAGGAGGUGGAUCCGCUCAUUAUGUGUCCUGAUGCCGUGGUGGAGGAGUAGUGAAGAGUGUGAGAGCAGUGAUAUGGAGACCGGGCCCUCGACCCCCGGUGGUCCUGCCAUGGUCCUGGGCCUCCAGAGACUCUCUUUUGCCUACCAGAGCCUCUUAGAGAUCCCCUAUGAGACCAUCCUUCAGCAGCAGGACACUCUGGAGGUUCUGGACCUCAGUUAUAACUCACUGGAUGAUUGAUAACGGAACCCGGCUCUUUUGGGCAGUUUGGAGAAACUCAGCACACUGAUCCUGGACUGCAAUAACUACAGCGCACAUGUUAAAUUCCCCUACAUGCCCAGCCUCACCACCCUGUGGAUCAACAAGAACAAAAUCAGCAACCUGCCCAUUAUAGUGGAGGAGAUCUGCUGCAAGUUCCCAAACAUCAAAAUUCUCAGUAUGAUGAACAAUGAAGCAGCACCCAGUUAUUUUAAUGGAGGCAGUCUCACGCAGUAUAUGGAUUACAGGCAGUAUGUGAUCAGUCAGAUCCCGGGUCUGGAGGUGCUGGAUGACACAGAAGUGCAGGAGAAAGAGCGUGAAGUGGCCCGAAAGACCUACAGGAUGCAGCGGAUGAGAGAAGGCAGUCGGAGGAGGAAGGAGCUUCGUCGCUAACACAUUCACUUCAGUCCACAAACAACCAAAGCACGCCUUACAGACUUCAUGAGCUUCAAAGCCUUUA